UUUCCGAAACGUAGUGGAUUUUUUCCUAAGUGUCACCAUCGUAGGGUUUGGGACGGAAUCCCAUAAGAAAGUCCCACAAAAUUACCAAGCAAAACCACAAUGCAAAAUUUCCAGAGUUUCUUUUUCAAGUCUGGAGGUCUGUCUAGAUCUGAAGAAUUAAAGCUCAAGUACCCGGUGGUUUCCCUACUGGAUCUUGUGUUCCCUUGAAUUUGGUUUCUCAAUUUUCUAAUAAAAUUCUGCCGUUUUUCUCAAAAAAAAAAAAAAAAAAAACAAAAAACCACAUGUCCACACCGGAGAUAGUUUGACGUGGCAGGGGUAGAGGUGGCCUAAUUGUCGAGUGGAGGCUGAUUUGUUGUUGGCUGUUGCGGCUACGGUAUCGAAGUCCUACUUGCAAGCUUAGGUUGCAGAUGGCAGCGUCAGGGGUUGUGUUUUGUCAGGGGCGGAGCUACGUUGGUGACUGGAGGGCCAAAAGUUAAGAAAAACAAGAAUUUAGAGCAGACCUUCUCUCCCUUCUCGCUCUCUCUCACAAUUUGUCACAGUGAUCUCUCCAUCUGCCUGCCUCGCCUCCGCUGCUCGCCUUUCCUUUGAUGCCAACAUUGCUCGCCUUUGCCAACGCCGCUUGCUACUCGCCAAGCAGCUCACUUCGCCUCCUCCAAUGUCGUUCACCAAGCAAGCCUCUCUCACAAUCUACCACAGUAAUCUCUCCACCUACCCACCUCGCCUCUGUCGCCGCCAACAACUCGCCUUCACCACUCGUCAAGCAACUCGCCUCUCCCUCAACCCCAAUGCUGCUUGCCUUCGCCAAUGUCGCUUGCUACUCACCAAGCAGCUCGCUUCGCCUUCAUCGAUGUUGCUUGCAGAGCAAGCCUUCCUCACAAUCCGCAAUAAUGAUCUCUCCUCCCACCCGCCUCGCCUCUGCUGCUCGCCAGCAGCUCGCCUCCACCAAUGUUGCUUGCUACUCGCCAAGCAGCUCACUUCGCCUCCUCCAAUGUUGCUCGCCAAGCAAGCCUCUCUCACAAUCCUCCACAAUGAUCUCUCCACCCACCCGCCUCACCUCCACCGCUCACCAACAGCUCACCUUUUCUCCGACCCCAACGCUGCUCGCCUCCGCCAAUACCGCUUGCUACUCGCUUAGUAGCUCACUUUGUCUUUGCCGAUGUCGCUCGCUAAGCAAGCCUUUCUCACAAUCCACCACAGUGAUCUCUCCACCUGCUCGCCUCGCCUUGCCUCUACCGCUCGCCAGCAGCUUGCCUCCACCACUCGCCAAGCAACUUGCCUCUCCUCCGACCCCAAUGUUGCUCGCCUUCACCAAUGUCACUUGCUACUCACCAAGCAACUCGUUUCGCCUUCGCAUGUCGUUUGCCAAGGAAGCCUCUCUCACAAUCCACCACAAUGAUCUCUCCACCCGCUUGCCUCUACUCUGUCGCUCACCUCUACCAACGCCACUCGCUACUCACCAAGCAGUUCACUUCACCUCCGUUGAUGCCGCUCACCAAGCAACCUGUCUCUGUCGAAAUUUGCUCGAUCUCACUAAGAUCUGAAUCCCCUUAUUUAUUUGGAUUGUUUAUGGCUGAUUUGCGGGAUUGGAUUUGGUUUGAGAAAUUGGAUUGUAGUUUUGUAGGUUUAGUGUUUUGAGGUGAUGGUGAUUAGUGGUGGUUUUGGCCGGUGGUAUUGUGGUUUGUUGGGUUUAUGUUUGUUGCAUGUGGUUGGGCUAAUUUUGGUUUUGUUUUUUGGGCUGUUUUUUGUAAUAACUGUGGGUUGUGGGUUAUGGUGGUGGGUUUUUAACAAUGGUGAGUUGUGGGUUAUGGUGAUGGGUUUGUAACAAUGGUUGGUUAUGGGGGUGGCGAUGGUGAGUUGUUAAAAUGAGUUUUUUAUUUCGUAUUUUUUU